UCUGAAGAAAAAAAAACCCACCCCGAGCACAAAUAUUCCGUUACUUUCGUAUCGAAAUUCGGAACAAUAAGUCUGCUGGUCGUACGAGAGAAUCAGUUUUUAUAUUACUUUCUCUCGCUAGUGUUUGUGAAGCGCAGCCUUGCUUAUGUAUCGAUUUUUAAAAAUGAUUGUAUGGUGCAGUUUUUUGUCAGCGCGUCAUUUUUCAAAAUCAGUUUAAAGGUUCCCAUCGUAUAUUUCAUUUGCUAGCUUGCAAUGCUGUUUGCGUGGCAUUGCAUUUGUUAGAAUUUUAAAUGCAUGCAAUUGCGUGUUCUGCAGGCGGCCUUAAACUUGGAAUUUCACAAUUAUAACUCUUAAUGCAUAAAUGUAUUUACAUAUAUAAUGUUGUUAAGCUUUGAAAAUCUGUAUAGAGAGUUAUCAUAGUUGUUGGUUCUCAGGUUUUUAGAAAGAAUAGUUCUUAAGCUCAAUGGAAGUCAGGAUUCAGAUAAACAUAUUUUGUGAAGUUUGGGACAAUUUUUCAUAAUUUGUACCGAGCUCUCCGACUUUCAAACACAACGAGCUGCUUUUGUGAUACCUAUGUUUUUACAUAUGGGAGGGAUCCAAUGUCAUGCUGUUAACUGAAGGACUAUAUCAGACAUUGGUAUUUUAUAACUUUGAAGACGCGAUAAAAUUGUUGUCACUUAUACGCUAAUGUAUAAUUAUAUGGAUCGGGAGUUGGUUGAAAUGAAUGAAUUCUAGGAUUAAACUAGCAUUUGGUCAAUGUGCGGAAAGUGCAGUUGCUGUUGGUUUGAUCUGGGAAGUAGUUUACUUCCUAGCAUUUCGGUUAAGGUCGUUAUAACUUGAUAGAGAUUUAAUAGCAGUUCUUAUAUUCCCGUUAAAGCCUCUAUCGAAUCCUCUUGGUUUGUUUUAUGCGCGCUUCAAAGACGACGCGAAAUGCAAAGCAUAUAUCCUCAAUAUUCAAAUCACAAGCAAUGUUUUCAUUGGAAAAAACGGCUCCCUAUUGUUUUUGCUUGCUCCUACGCGACUAAGUAGCCUUCUUUAAAUAUUAAAGAAGUUUUAUGGAGGCUUUUAAGGCUGGUUGUUAAUUGUGAAAUUAUAAUAGGUGGGUCUUACAAAUCCGGAUUGCGAUGUGAUUAUUAGUCCGUUACCAAUAAAAGCUUGUACACGUCAGUUAUUUUAUGUUGUGUCUCUCGGAGGUUUCAUUGUGAAAAAAAGAAAGAAAGCGAGACUUGUAUACCAUAAAGAAUUUUGACUUAUCAGUGGUUUUUAAAAACCAAUGAAUAGAACAGCAAAGGUUAGCCGAUGGUGGUUUUGUUUACCGUACGGGUGGUGUAAAUGGGAAAACGAACUUCCGUGAUGUUUGUUCCUUGUUUAUUACGGAGGCAGACUACCAACAAUUGAUACUAACCGAACCAUAUAGCAUAUUGUAUUGCGUCCUCGAGGCAUACAGUUCACGUUACGAUUUGCUGAUUUCUUUUCUCAUUUCUUUUUUAAUUUGAUUUAUUAUUCAUUGCUACCUAAUUUUAUUCGCCUGCCUCUUUUGCUAUAAACUUGAACUGCAAAUUGGUACAACUUAGGACACUAGAUUACUGUAGUUAGAAAUUAACAUUACCCUGCCAAUUCCGAAAUAUGACUCUUUUUGUUACUUUUACACUAAUCUAACAAACCCAUCCUGGUUACUUCUUUCUAAUUUUAUCCUGCUAUUCGUCCAGCUUCAACUUCGCUUUCAAAUUUCGCCUCGUCCCUCAAGCUUACCACUGCCACAUAUCGAACAAAGCUAGUUUGCUUGAAUGUCUGGAAAAGAAAGAAGGUUCACAAGGUCAUUGCGACGACAGUCAGUUACGCUGAAUAACCUUGUUGUUUUGGUGUUGCUGGUCGCAGUAGAAGUCUCCAUGGAGAAAGAGUUUGCAAGUGAGGCGCAUCGAAGACGCCAGGAGAGGACUUUUUCACGAGGUGUCAGAUCGGCUUCACUUGGCCACAACCAACAAGCCAAAUCUAGUUCCAAUGUGUGGUCAGAAAGCACAAGCUACACUGACGGGAGUGCCUCGGAGGAACGAGACAAAGAGAUCAACAGACAAGCCAAGAUGUUCAAAACAAGUUCAAUUUUAGCCGGAUUGCUAGAAGAUUACGAUUCUAGACUCCGGCCUCAAUUUGGAGGCGACCCUGUCGAGGUUGACGUCACAAUGCACGUGGACAGUUUGGGACCUAUAAGUGAGACGGACAUGUGUUUUCGAGUUGACUUCGCGUUUCGCCAGUACUGGAACGACGAGCGACUUGCUUUCGCCGACCAAUCAAAUGAUAGUAUCACUCUAUCACAUGAGUUCUUGGACAAGAUCUGGCUCCCGGAUACAUAUUUUCCGGAAUCCUUGUCGGCCAACAAGCACAAAGUGAUGGUGCCCAACAUCCUCUUACGUCUUUCUCCAAGCGGGGGCAUCCUCUACUCCUGCCGUGUGACAGUGGAGUCUAAGUGUCCCAUGAAUCUCAAGUAUUUCCCACUCGACCAGCAGGAGUGCUCUCUUCUUAUUGAGGCGUAUGGUUACACUGUGACGGACUUGAAGUUGCAGUGGAAGAAGGAGAUGGUGGAUGGAAAGGAGAAGCCGGCAGUGCAGGUACAUGACGAGAUUGACCUCUCCCAGUUCGUAUACGAAGAUCAUGUCAAGGACGAGUUCCAACUCUCUUUUUCCACGGGAAACUUCAGCGACCUAAUAGUGACCUUCAAGUUCAAACGCACACUUCUAUACUUCGUGCUGCAGAGCUACGUACCUGCAACUCUCAUUGUCAAUCUGUCGUGGGUCAGCUUUUGGGUGGACCCGAGAUCGAUCCCCGCCAGGGCCUCCCUCGCCAUCACCACUGUGCUAACGAUGAUAACGUUGAUGGGAACUGUGAAUAGUCAGUUGCCGAAAGUGUCCAAUAUUAAAGCUCUAGACGUUUACUUUGGCAUGUGUUUCUUCUAUGUGUUUGGAGCUCUUAUUGAGUUUUCGGCGGUGUGUUACCUGGAUAAGGGUAAACAGAAGGCGCACGCAAAAAGAAAAGAAGCAGAGAAAGCAGCUAAAGACAGUCAAGAGGCGGAGCAAAAUCGACUCAAAAUUCUCAAAGAAGUCGAUGGACUGGCUCAAACAAACAACAAUAACAACAACACUUUGAAUCUCUCGCAUAAUCAAUCAAGUCCAGCGAGAGAUGCGAACUUGCGACCAAUAUAUUCUAACCAACACAGCGACGGGGCAGCAUCUUAUCUAUCAGCGCAGCUGCAACAGCAUCAACCAUUGCUAAUGCAACAUCAAAAUAGUGCGGCUGACAGCCAAGUUCCAUUUUACAACCUGAAUCAUUCUGGCAAUUCAGUUUCUGGAGGGAUAGUGUCUAAGCCUAGAAGUCGAACCCCUAUUUCAAGCCUCGGAGGAAAUUUAGCAGCGUCAGCGACGCCAACCAGGACAGUUUCCUUCGGGAAUGCAAGCCAGCACGACUCGUACGAGUCAAAGCCGAAAAGUGAUGAGAAUGCUGUGACUCCUCUAUCUUGCUGGCAAAGAUUUGAUGUGUUGAGGAUUGACAAUUACUCAAGGAUCAUUUUCCCAUCCACUUUUCUCAUAUUGAAUUUGCUCUACUGGGGAGCAUAUACUAAUAUUAUGACUGACUUUACCGAUAAGAAAGAAUGAAUUAGUUUGGACGAAAGUUUUGGAUGUUUUAAAAACCCAACGUGCAAUAUGCAAUUCAAGUGCAAUAAUGAAAUUGCUUGUUUCUUCAUCUUAUUGCCUACCGAAAUUGGAAAAUACAACUGUAUUACUGGAGAAAUUGCUUGUAUUUGCUAUUAAUCUUAUUCGUAUCAUUAAAAUUCACUAUAUAUUGUGAUCAAACGGAAAAUUGGCAGAUAUUUAUGUAAAUAAUUUAAUUAGGUUAGGUAGAUUUGUAUUUCAA